GAUCAGAUCAGGGGGAUGAGCGUGUGUGUUAUGUGUUUGUGUGUGUAUGAGUGUGUGCGUGCGACCUGAAGAGGCGAGCGAGAGCCGCUUGCGCGAGACCACAUAGGACAGCGAGCGGCAGCAGCACCAGCACCGCGCGCGCGCUUCGGCUGACUUCUGGAAAUGAGCCGCGGCGCGUGAAGGCCAUUAUGCGCGCGCAGCGUGAUCCGGGAUGGAGGCGCCGUUAAUGCUGGGGAGGGGGGGCGCCGGAGGAGCCGCGAGCUUCGCCCUCAGCGCCGUCGUGCUCCUGCUGUCGGUCAGGGGCUCCCGGGCUCAGAAAGGCGAUGGCUGUGGGCACACGGUGCUCGGCGCAGGAAGCGGCAGCCUGGCGUCCCUGGGCUACCCUCUCUCUUACCCUGCACACUCUGUGUGCGAGUGGGAGAUUAGCGAGAGCGCCGGACACACACUCCUGCUGCGCGUGGCGGACCUCGACAUCGAUACACACAACUGCCAGGUGUCCUACCUCCGGCUGUUUGAUGGUAUCGGGGCAGGCAGGACAGAGAUAGUGAAGUUCUGUCACGGAGACGUGAGCGGUCCGAGGGAGGUGAAUUCGUCUAGCCAUCAGGUCACGGUGCAGUUCAUGAGCGGCCCACGCAGCCUCGGGCGCGGCUUCUUCCUCUCCUACGCCAGCAGCCAGCAGCCAGAUCUGAUCUCGUGUUUGGAGAAAGGAAACAAUUUUACUGAAGCUGAAUUCAGUAAGUUCUGUCCAGCCGGGUGUCUGACCGAUUUCGGCGAGGUGUCCGGGACCAUACCACACGGAUACAGAGAUUCCUCGUCUCUGUGUCUGGCUGGUAUCCACGCCGGUGUUGUGUCAAACACGCUAGGAGGCCGUGUCAGCGUAGUGAGCAGUACAGGCAUCCCGCACUAUGAUAGCACACUGGCCAACAACGUCACAUCUGUAGGAGGGAACCUCUCCCCCAGUCUCUUCACCUUUAGAACCAGCGGGUGCUACGGUACGCUUGGCCUGGAGUCAGGGGUGAUCAGUGAUUCUCAGAUCUCUGUCUCAUCUGUGUGGGAGUGGAGUCGUCACGGCGACAAGCCUUCGUUGUGGGCGCCUUCGGGGGCACGGCUUAAAAAGCCCGGGCUUCCCUGGGCAGCCGCAAGCAGCGACACAAAACAGUGGGUACAGGUGGACCUGAAGAAAAAGAAACGAGUAACAGGAAUCAUCACCACUGGCUCCGCCUUACAUGAUUACCAGUUUCAUGUGUCAGCCUAUCGAGUGCAGUACAGCACUGACGGACAGGACUGGACAGCCUAUCAGGAAGCGGGCUCAAAUCAAGACAAGGUCUUCCAAGGAAAUACCAACUACCUUCAGGAAGUCCGGAACAACUUCAUCCCGCCCAUUGAAGCGCGCUUCAUCAGAGUUACCCCUGUGCAGUGGCAUCAGAGGAUCGCACUGAAGAUGGAGCUUCUCGGGUGCCAAGUACCCGCAGCGACUCCACGGAUGUUCAAUCCUGUACCUGGUUAUCCCAAAAGGAACACCGUGCCACCACUACAGGAGCGGACGACGUACACGCCCAAUGUCCGGAACACCACCGUACCUCCACACUCUCAUAACGAGGUGGCGCUAGUGGCCGUGUUGGUUCCCGUGCUGGUGGUGGUUCUGACGGCUCCAGUGGCGCUGCUCGUGUGCGCGUGGCUGUGGAAGAGCAGGAAAAGUCCUGAAGUGACGUAUGACCUUCCACACUGGGACCGCACAGUGUGGUGGAAGAGCAUGAAGCAGCUGUUGCCGUCUAAGCUGGAUGGCGAGGAGUGCGUGCGCUACAGCGCCACGGCACGAGCUGAGCACCAGAGACCACGGGUGGAACCUGCAGAAUAUGCUCAGCCUUUGGUAAGCGGUACCAUGGCCUCCCUGGGUCAGAGGUCAACAUUUAAGCCUGAAGAAGGAGCCGACCCCGAGUACGACGCCCCCUUGACCCCUGAGCAAUAUCACGCUUAUGCUGAACCGCUUCCCGCAUCCGGAACGGAGUACGCCAUUCCCAUCACCAUCGACAGAGCCAAUCACAUAUCAGGGGGCACGCUGCCUUUCCGAGGGCGGGGAUUAGUAGCGCGGACGGACAGCGACCAUUCAGGGAGCUCCAUGUACGACACGCCUAAAAGCACAUCCGACCAAACGGCGUGUCCGGACGGCCAGAUUUACCAGGUGCCUCAGAAUACCAACAGUUCACCGUGCCAGGAAAUAGACUGAGCAACAACUGCGAAGCGUCGUGCUCGAGCCUUUCGAUUCCGAGAUGGACUCGGACAAGUGUGCAUGUCUGGAAGUGCAUGUUUGUUUGAGCUAAGAGCUGUAUGUGCAGACGUCAGAGUUUCUAGUCUCCUCAGUAUGCCAUAGCAGUCCUAUCACUGAAGCAACACCAGGAACGAGUUAGGCAGGGAGGCUGUUACACUACUGGUUUAGGUUGUGUGUGUGUGUGUGUGUGUGUGUGUGUGUGUGUCUUGUGUUCGUGAAUGUUCUCUGAUGUUAAACUGUGAGUCCCUGCACAUUUGCUUUCAUGCUGAGAGGAAUCAGUCUUACUCACAGGCUCUAUUUCACAACUUGGUGCAUGCUCAUGGUGGGUUACACUGUUUAUUUUUUUACCUGCACCAAAAGUGAAACAAUAUUUCUCUUUGUUCUGUCAUUGCAGAAAGGUUUUUUUUUUCCCCCUGCCGUUCAAAAGUACCUUCUUAAAUUCCUGGUUCAUUAAUAACCUAUAUGUUUAGGCUAUUAGUUUGGGUGGGGGAUCUACUUUUAAAAGCGUUCUUAUCACUGUCUAUGAAAAAGCAUGUUUUUAUUUUGUUUUGUUUUUGUUUUUUUUUAGUCGGCUCUCACACCUCAAAAACCUGUCACUGUUCAGAAAAAAAAAAAAAUAUGUAUAUAUAAUUUUUUCAUAUUACUUUCCUGCUGAGAUAUGACAGCUAUGUGGAGCGCCAACCCCACUAGCAGAUCGUGCCUAAAAUCUCCAGCGCUCAUGGAUGCACUGUUGUCAUAGAUACACUGUUGCCUUGGGGCGCCUUGCCGAAUGUGACAAUUUCGUGCUGAAUGAAAAUAAAGUACGACAUAAAGAUGCCACCACGCUUGCCAUUAAGUAAGUACACCCGACUAUGUCCUGGAACGCCGAUAAACUACGAUGCGCUCUGAUAAGCAUCGUCCGGUUCUAAUAUCACACCAAACUGUUACCCUGAGAUGUACUUCGAUGUGUGAUUUACUGCAAGAGCAUCGAAUCAGGCCACAGAGCGUAAAAAAGUCUGUUUUAUGGUACUAACAUGUCCUUGUUCAGUUCAACGUUAACCAAAGCAGAAGCGCCAUCACUGAGACGUCCAUCAUGGUGUAUGUGUGUGUGUGUGUAUGAUCUUUCUUAGCGUCUGAUUUAUUAUACACAAAUUUGGAUGGUGUCGAUGCGACUGUUUCUUUGUCUGUCAUGUGCACUGUAGUCAUAAUUGUGGAUGUGUGUGGAUGUCUGUCUGCUAUUCACUGUAAGUGGUUUCUGAAUUAAGGUUCGUACUGUAGAGUGACUGUAAAGAAUGACUGUAUAGAAAAUUGCUAAGUUUUAAUAAAAAUGUGAUUACAGAU